UUGGGAACACACAGUGAGCGGAGCGUCCGCAGUCGCAGUAGCACUCGAAGUCCGCUUAUCCGCAAUCGCAUCCGACAUCCGCCAUCCGCAGCGUUUUCGAAUUUUUCGAACCAUCCCAUUUAUCUGGCAUAUCCUAACCAUCUAAUCGUCGAGCCCAAACAAUAUCGUGAUCGCGUCCGAAAUCGCGUCUUUUUGCCGUACUCAAUGUUCCGGUUUUAUGUGAAAUCGCGUCCAAAGGAGAUCGAAACAAUAAUCUCAACGGAUAGCCAAUUUGAAACAGAAAAGUUCAUUUCGGUAUCCAAGUAUUGCUGGCCAAGAGAGUCGUUACAAUUUGAAAAGGCCGCUAAAAUCGUUUAAUUAACGACCAGUUCGAAGAGGAGAAAAUAUAUCAAAAAUAUAUAUGGUUAGUGUUGUGUUUUUGAAAAAAAAGAGAAAUCAAAAAAAUUUAUGAAAAUGUUCAAUUGCUGUUGCCAUAAGUUUUGAAGUGUGCAAAGUGUAACUCUCUUAAAAUCCAACGAAAAAUACAACGCGUCCAAAAAGAAUCGUAAAACUGAAAAAAGCAAACAAACAUAAAAAUAAGCUCGACGAAAAAAUGUUAGCCAAUCAAACUUAGGCCAACAGGAUUGCCUCAUUCAACGUUCCCCAAUUUUAUCGCGGGAAUAUCUGACAUGACAAGAAAGUCAUUGGCGUUGAUAAGAUGCAUUAUCAGCGGGGAAGACGAAGAUGAAGAUCCGCAACCGCAACAGCAACAGCAGCAAUUGAAAAGUGUUAAACAAGUCUACGAUAUGAUAACCUAAUUUCCUGCCUUUGGAAAGAGGAAUAAAGAUAUUAAUUUAAAACGGGCCCAGAGAGAGACUCUUUAAACGCGGCAAAGUCAGUGAAAAGCAAGAAAAAAAAAAAAAAAUCGUAAACGAAACGAAAGUAAAAGAUUUCAUAAACGGGGCGUUCAUAUGUUUCAACGACAUCCGAGGGCGUGGCGAAGGCCCAAUAAACUGGCAAACAAACUAUAAACAACCGAAAACAGCGACUUACACAAAAUUAUAAACAUACGGAUUCGGGCGGAAAACAACGGCUCGAAAAUCCCCUGUAAACCGAGGUGGUGAUCUUUGAUGCGAAGAAACCUGCGCUUGGACUGGAGGGCCCUGGCGCUGCUGGGCGCCCUCCUCCCGCUGAUCAUCGACUGGCCGGGAUUGGUCUUUGCGAUGCCCCUGAUGGCCAACCCACCCGACUCAUCCACAUCCACAUACGCAUCCGCAUCCAACAGCCCGAACAAUAGCAAUCUGUUUAGUAAUAGUUAUCUACAAAGUGAUCAUAGUCGUAGUAGUUUAGUGCCGAGCGCAGUGAGUGAACGUAGUGUAAAUCAAACCACAAAUCAAAGUAUUAAUGCUGAAUUUAAUCAGAGCCUAAGCACGCAAUUAACUGCCAUAACAAGUACACCCCAAUUCGCCAGCGCGGAGGACUCCGAUCAGCUGGAGGAGCCGCUGGGAUUUGUCAUCUCGGCGGUGCCGAAUGCGCAUCUGGCCGUCCUGUCGCGUACCGAACGCAGCAUUCGUCACCAGAAUCAGCAGCAGCAGAAGAAGCACCACCACCACCAUACGCAAAAUCAUCAUCAUCACCAGCAUCAGCAGCAGCAGCAACAGUCGCCCGCUGACAAUAAUUUCAUUGGUUCGAAAUCGAAAAGACUGAGCAACCCUAGGAGUAGUAUAAACAUAAAUAGCAGUAGCAGUAACACACCCAUCAGCAAUCUGGACCGCAACGAGCGCUCCACGGUGCCCCAGUCCCACCUGGCCUGGACAUCCCGCAAGAUCCAGCUGUACAUCAAGAACCGCAUCCUCCAACUGAUGCGGGAUGGAACCGUCAACGGAACCCAGGACGAGAACAGUGAAUUCACGAUUCUCCAGCGCUCCACUGUGGAUGUGGGACGCAUCAAGCUGCAGAGUGUGGCCACUUGCCUGUAUCUGUGCAUGGACGCGUGCGGUGUUCCCUACGGCUCGAAAGACUUCACCGACGACUGCGUCUUCAACGAGAGCAUGGGUCUGCAGAACUACAACACGUACUCCUCCACGUACCACUCGCAGCCGCGGAGGGUCUUCUACUUGGCCCUGAAUGCGAGUGGCCAGCCCCGGCGCACCCAGAUCCCGGCCAGCCGAUCGCUGGGCAAGCUCAGCACCUACACGAACGCCAUCACGGAGACGGUGCCGCAGGAGCGGGUCGAGCAGCUGAUCGCCAAGAAUUUUGGGGCCAAUCGCGUUAAGCACGGCGUGCGGCAACUCUGUGAUACGGGCAAGCCGCUGAUCGAGCUGAUCGAUGUGGCCAAGUUUAAGGGGCCGCCACAUUGCAGCAGCAGCAGUAGCAGCAGCACGAGUGGCAGUGGCAGUGGCAGUAGUAAAAGUAGUAGCAGUAGCAGUAGCAGUUACGUUCCUGUGCCUGCGAUCAGCAGCCUGAGUAGUAUUAGUAACAGUAGUCAAAGCGAGAGUGGCCAUAUUAGCAGUAGCAGUAACAGUAAUAUUAUUAGCAGUAACAGUAAUAGUAGUAGCAGCCACAGUAAUGGUGGUAACAGUGGCAAUAGUGGCAAGUCCAACAAGAAGAAGAAGCGCCGGUGCAGGCCGCACGAGCAGGAGGACACCCACAAUUGUCACAGGCGCGGAGGAGCGGGGGCGGGGUCGGGUGCGGGGUCGGGGUCGGCUGUGGGCGCCCUGCGAAAACUGGGGCCCAAGGCGCAAAGGUGCAAGGAGCUGCGCGAAAUGGCAGCCGCCGAGAAGCGAGCCCCGCCCAAUUGUGGCAAGAAGAAUGGGGCGAGGAAACAUCCAGAGGCAGCCAAAGGUGUGAUGCAGCGAGGCAAGAGCAAUAUCCAGCAGGGUGGCAAGAAGAAACCCAACAAGUCGGGAAAACAGCGGCAAACUGGGGGCAAAAAGCAGCAGCAACACAAGCAGCAACAACACCAGCAACAUCAGGCCAAAGGUGUUUCCGGUGGCAAGCGGAAGCACCGGAAAAUGGAUCCCAUCUCCAGCAGCACCACCACCAUGGCCACCAGCCUGGCCACGCCCCCCGGCAGCCACUGGGAGAGCAGCUCGCCCCUGCCCGCCCUUGCCCUCAGCGAAACCAGCGAUCGGGUGGAGCGCAAUGUGCGCAUGAGCAGCGGCGAGGAGGAGCCGGAUCAGGAUCAGGGUGAUCCCACGGAGCAGGACGAGGACGAGGGCGAGGGGGGAUCCCUGGAGGAUGCCAGCUACGAGGACGUCAGCUCCGAGGCCCAAGGACGCAGUGCAGCAGCCGGCGACGAUUCGCUCUACUACGAUUUCCUGUGCCUGCAGUUGGUCGCCCUGGCUUUGCUCCAGUUUCCAUCCAGAGUCAUCCUGUGAGGGAAUACUUCUAUCUAUCGCCGAAACCUAUUGGACCUCCGAUCCACACAACAAAGCUAAAGUUCCUGACCUUUAAGCAUAAGAGUUCUACUUUUAAAACUACAACUAGCACCUAAUAUUUUCGUAUUUAUCGUUUAAGACUGAACAAAAAAAGAACAGAAGCGAAGUACUAAGCUAAAACUACUGUAAAUAAAUUAAAAUAUUUUAAAAAGCUAA